UCGUGCUCUCAAACAGAGGUAGAUCGUACACCGUACUGCUCAUCAUGAUUGCUGAAACAGCUUGAGCUUCUCCGCGUAGCGGCCCAGUCUCACAUUUCGGAUUUCGCUCAAGUCGGAUACUCUUUUGCAUCGACACAACGCCAUGAGUGCCGAGCCGACUACACCACCACGGUCGCCGACAGGAGACCAGGUUUUGCUUAGCAAGGACCAGUCACGGCUCAAGCUCGAGCGACAGCUGCAGCAAUUUGAGUUGGAAGUGCAAUCAAAAGUCGACAAGAUGAACACCCUCAAGAAAAUGCAGCUGCUUUCGCUGAGCAACAACUUCAAGUUUCCAAUGCUCCAAGUGCCGCGUGCAAUCAAGCAGAUGAAACUGCGUGAAUAUCUCGAACGCUACGGAGACGCGGUCGGCCCAAUGCCAAGCGCCGCCACGUUGUCCAGCUUGCCUCUGCCCGCGAGUACUGCCAUCCCUGCUGCGCCACUUGACCGACAGCCCACUCUCGAGGUGCCUGCAACGAUUGGCCGCAAGGGUGUGCUCAAGACUGCCAACACAAACUCAAUGUUUGGCGCCCCGCCAGGCACAGUCAAGAAGGGCGUCAUGCUUUCAAACACAGCCACCGUCAUGAUGCCGCAGAUGGGGCCGCGCGAGCCUGCUGUGGAAGCGCCGGCUCCCGAAAUGGCCGUGCCAGGCACGCAAACAAGGAGCCGAGUGGCGCGCUCGGCCACAGUGACUGCAGCAGACCACAUGCGACCAAGCACCGUCAAGCGGGGUGCAAAGCGCAGUGCCGACACGGAGGGUGAGAAUGCUGUCACCUGUGCCGAUGUGAUGGUCAUGGCAACUCCUUCAAUGCAGCGCAAGCCCCUCCCAAUCUGGGGCGCAACACCGCUGCAAACGCCACGAGGCGACGCCCGCCCGACUGUCGCUCAGACACCGGUGGUGCGAGUCGCGCGUGCUGGAGAAACCGUCAUGUCCAUCAACGGCUCGCCGCUGGCCGUUCUGCCCGACUCUCGAGCCUAUGUUCGUGCGUCCAACGUCCAUGAACCAGGCUCGUCUGUGAUUAUCUUGCCGCUGGAGAACGGUCGCGCACUCGAACUUGAUCCUCUCAAGUACGACCCGACUGUCCUGCAAUUUGUUGAAAAGGAAAGUCGCUUUGAAGCCUUCAACAGGCUCAAGGCCAUGGCAGUCGAUGUUCAGCGGUACAUGGACCAAUUACGUCAAGCUACAUGAUUGCCUGGUGAUGUUGCGAUUGUGUGUGUGUGUGUGUGUGUGUG